GCUAAAUCUCAAUGCUAUGCGAUUCCAACACUAGACUUGUAUUAAAGAAGCAUAAAGGACAAUAAAGCAACUAUUACGUUUUAUUAAAAUCUCUAUCACUCUCUGUUAAUGUUAAGCCAUGCUAGAAGCGCAGCUCUAGGGAAGGCAAAGUCAGUCUGUUGGUCCACCACUUUGUUCCAGACUGAAAUAUCUCAACAACUAUUGGAUGUGUUGGAAUCCAACACAAUUGUCAGGACAUUUACUACAGAUAUUUAGACUCCCAAGAGGAGGCAUUUUAAGUACAUUACCAUCAGCCUCAGCUGUACUUUGUGUUUAGUGCUAAUAAGCAAAUGUUAGCAUGGUAAUAGGUGAAUUGUGAACAAGGUGAACACUAAACCUGCUUAUUAUCAGCAUGUGAGCAUUUAGUCCAAGUUCAACCUUGCAGAGCUGCUAUCCUGACUGUAGACUCUUAGGGCCCUCUCUAUCUUACACCUGGCACAAAGUGGCGCAUAGCGCAGGGCAACUGUCACUGCUGGUUUCAGACGAUGCAGUCGUCAUUUUCAUGCCCCAACCAUGUUCUCCGCAAGACCGAAGUCACACAUUAAAGGAACAGAGAGCAAACAACGAUGGACGUAGUUCUUCUGCUCAUCAUGGCUGCACCAGGGCUGUGUGCUGUCUCAUCACAUGCUGAACGUCAGUUCCAUUUUAUUUAUGAUCCGAAGAACAUGACUGAAGCACAAAGUUACUGCAGAGAGAAAUACACGGACCUGGUCACUGUACACAACAUGGAGGAUGUGAACACCCUGAACAACAUGGUGGAUUUAAGCAGAAUGAAAGACCCUCUCACCUGGAUAGGUCUUUAUAAUGACCGGGACAGCUGGAGGUGGUCACUGUCAGACAGAAGUUUCUACAGACCCGGAGAGACAGAGUUCAGACUGUGGACUCUUGGACAACCAAACAACUAUAAAAAGCAACAACACUGCACGUUCAUUAAUCCUUCAGGACGAUGGUGGGACGUGAGUUGUGAAGGAUCUCGUCUGUCAAUCUGCUUAGAUGUCAGAGGACUGAAUGUGACAUUUGUCUUGAUCAACAUCCCGAUGACAUGGACUGAGGCCCAGAGCUACUGCAGAGCAAACUACACAGACCUGGCCAGUGUGAGGAACAUGGCAGAGAGCCAGAAGAUACAGGAUCUGGUACCUUAUCGGACUACAGUCUGGAUCGGACUUUCCAGAGACUUCUGGAAGUGGUCAGAUGGAAGUAACUCCACAUUUAGCUUCUGGGAGGCUGGGGAACCUAACAACAACUAUGGGAACAAUGAGGCUUGUGUGGUUGCAUACUUCAACUCCUCUGGACAAUGGGGGGACGUUCCCUGUGGGAGGAAGUACCCGUUCAUCUGCUACAGUCCACUUCCAAAGCAAGAGUUGAAAUUGUUCAAACUGAAGGUGAAGACAAGCUCCUCUGUGGAUCUGGACGACCCUGCUGUGCUGGAGAACAUGUUGCUGACGAUCAAACAGAAGCUGAAGGGAUUGGAUGAGAACAUCCAAGUGAACUGGAAGAAGCAGCCUGAUGGAAAAGUCUUCUACAAGGAGAAGAAGACGAAGGAGGAGGAGAAGACGAAGGAGGAGCUUUAAUGUGGAAUCUCUGUCUGUUUUUCUUUCUUUCCUCUAAGUCGUCAUGUAACGGCUCAGAAUAGAGCUGAACAAUCAGCUGAUUAGUCGAUUAGUCACAACUAUUCUGAUUUGAUGCUUUUCUUUGUUAUAUAUGGUCAUGAACUUCAUGUCUGUGUUCUUUAGACUGUUGCAUUUAUCUGCUUGACCUGUGGGAUAUAAUGACAGGCAUCUUUACUAUGUUCUGACAUUUUAUAUGAUUAGAUUAAAUACAAUAUGAUAAGAAACUA